AUGAUAUUAAAUAAGUCCUUAAUUUAGAAAAAGAAAAAUCAAUUUGAAAAUGACUGAUAAAACUCCAUCCAUCCCAAAAAUUGCACGUGUGUAUUCUCAUGUGUUUGACCAGUAAACAUUCAAAAUUCAAACCCCCCAAAUUAGUGGUGGAACCUAAUUUGUUUGUGUUUGCUGAGAGGGGGUGGGGGCUAUUACCCCCCAAUUCCCAAAUCUCCUCUUCUCUGGAAAUUUCUAGUCUUGCCGUUUCAGCGAUCCCAACCGCCAUAUCUGAACAUCGGCAGAUAUAUUUGUGUUUUUCAUGUUUAAUCAGAUGUAAAUCCAGAAAUUUUGUUCUCGCUUUGAUCAGUGAUUCGUCGGUCGAAUCGUUGCUGAAGAUUCUUGUUGACGACCAUCAUGUUCGUUUGGAUGUGAAUAGAUGCACGGGGAGUGAUGAUAUUAUCUUUUGUUUACAAGAACCUUCCGGAUUUACUUCACUUAAACCAGGGAGAUGCCUAAUUAUUUUUCGAAACUUCGUGGUGCAAUCUGGCAAGGAGCGUGGAGAUCGGUAUCUGGUAAAGAAAUUCGUAUCCAAGAUCAGGUUGUAGAUGUUUUGAUUGGCCAAGGAAAAUUAUUGCUUGGCCAGUCGAGGCUGUUACAUUCCUUACCCUCUGGAGCAUUUGCCGACCUGCAUGUAUUUAUUCGGCCCGGCACGAUUGCUGCUGCUCAAGCUAAUUUGCAUUCAGCCAGUCAAAGGAAGAGCCUUUCAGUUGUUGGAGCAUUUUCUCGUUCGAUUUCUCUACCAUCUGUUUCAGGGUGUCACGUUGAUUGUUUGCUAUCCGAGCCUAAUCAGGUUCUUGGAAUCAACACUCAAAAGGGACUUAUGGCUGCCUGUGGGUCCAGAUCAGCGCUUAUCGACUGCUCUAUCAGUAAUUUGACUUGUAUUCCUGGUCAACGUGGUGCGGCUGCAUAUCAUUCUUCCAGCGCUCGCAUUAUAAAUAGCUUUGAAAAUGUUGGAAAAUUUACGAUGAGUUUGAGCCGUAAGGAGCAGCCGAAUAACUUCUUGCUCUAUGGAUAUUUCGUAUACAAUGUCGUCAAGAGAAAGGGCAACGGAAAUCCACUCCUCGGGUUUGGUUUUGAGGGUUUCCAUAACAUAUCACCAUCAUAUUCAUCUGCUAGCACCGCAGCAGACGUAACCUUCGACAAUCCUAUCAAGGAGGAACAGCAUUCAAAUUCCGCAGAUUCAUCCAAUCUGAAUAUUCCGAUCGACAGAACACUGAAACUGAAAUCAGGAUCAUGCUACCUGCCACAUCCCGACAAAGAAGAAACUGGAGGAGAGGAUGCUCAUUUCAUUUGUAUAGACGAACAAGCAAUUGGUGUAGCUGAUGGUGUAGGUGGAUGGGCUGAUUUGGGUGUUGAUGCAGGAAAGUAUGCGCGCGAACUCAUGUCAAAUUCAGUUUACGCAAUACAAGAAGAACCACGGGGUUCCAUCGACCCAGCCAGAGUCUUGGAGAAAGCCCACACUAAGACGAAAGCAAAAGGCUCAUCUACUGCUUGUAUUAUUGCUCUCACCAAUCAGGGACUCCAUGCGAUUAAUUUAGGGGAUAGUGGGUUUAUGGUGAUUAGAAACGGAUGCACGGUUUUCAGAUCACCUAUUCAGCAGCACGAUUUCAAUUUUACUUAUCAAUUGGAGAGUGGGAAUGCUGGUGAUUUGCCUAGCUCUGGACAGGUGUUUACGAUACCCGUUGCUCCAGGGGAUGUUGUAAUUGCAGGGACAGACGGGCUUUUCGACAACUUGUAUAACAACGAUGUUACGUCUGUUGUGGUUCAUGCUAUGAGAGCUGGUUUAGGUCCUCAGGUUACAGCACAGAAGAUAGCAGCACUGGCAAGACAACGAGCACAAGACAAAAACAGGCAGACCCCUUUCUCUGCAGCUGCACAAGAAGCCGGUUUCCGUUAUUAUGGUGGCAAACUCGAUGACAUCACCGUUGUCGUUUCUUACAUCACAAACGACCACAAUGAAGGCCUUUCAGCCAAAUGCUCGUAACUAGAGACAUUAUUUCUACAUGGAAGUGAUGGUGACGGUUUGAUUCUAUCAUUUCUCGAAGGUUCGAUUGCUUAAAAUCUCUUGGUGAUGGCCAAGCUUGGCAACUCUUGUAUAUAAAUCUAGUCUUUUGCUUUUUCUUUUUUCUUUGUGAUUUUUUUUUAAACCCCACAAACUGAAAAUUGGAUAGGACUAUGUGUACAGAUAAAAUAGUGAGAAAUGAGAAAGUUUAUACAUGUUUUUGAUUUUGUCCU